GUCACCCUCAGAUCCCACUGAUCCAGAGGACCAUCACAAGGCAAUAGAUGACCCAUGGAUAGGUUUGGUCGUUACAGUACAAUACACCAGAUCAUGUGCUCGUGUGCUUUCUCUCCGCCACAUCAAUCCAGCCCUAUAGAAGUGCAAACCGCCGAGUCCCGUCUGUGGGGAAACACCAGCCACGCCAACUCACGGCGAUUUGGUCUCAUUAGUGGGCAGUGGCCACAUCAUUGGCCCUGCUCCCUACGACAAGCCAGAGUUCGGCGGACGUAGGGUGUUAGUAGCCGCCCAACCACGGACACCCAUAGGACGGCACCUUAGCACGGUGUCCGACUCCAUCAUGACUGGUUGUUACCCCCCUCUCUCGGGGUCUCCA